AUGCAAAAGUGGCCUCGUUGGUUUUCGCACCAUGCUCACCGGUACCAUCAGUACUACCAGCAUCAGUACGGCCAAUAUGUUGCGACUACAGCCGCUUCUACGAGUGCAGGCGCCGGUACAGACACGUCAACAACUUCGUCACUUGGUGAUGCAGGGGCAACAGUGACCACGACAGGUGCCGAUGCCAGUACAUCCAGCACGAGCAUGCCUACAACAUCACCUGGUGCCGAGGGAACAAGCACGACCACCACCGUUGUCGCAACAUUUGCUAUACUCCCGUUUGCUCCAGUCAAUAUGACGGAGUUCCUGCUUGACUUCAACUUGACAGAACUCACGCAGAACGUGUCUGCAAACACAGGUUCUGAGGUUGUAGUCUCGCAGGUUGAGCUCCCGGGUGAAACGAACUUGACCAUCAAUGGCACGAGCAAUGUGUCAGAGGCUGAAAUCCGAGCUCUCAUCCAAGCUGCUUAUGCAGAGUUGCUCAAUGUUUCGUUGAGCGACGUGACAGUGCUGUUGUUGCCUUCGCCUGAUCCGUCUUUGCUCCAGACUAGCCCCAUCUACCACACCUACACGAUUCGGUUCAGAGCCCGUACUUAUGUUGCACAAAUGGAGUCAGAAAGAGGUUACAUUCAGCGCGCGGCCCGCAAAACCCAGGACCUCACCGUGGAUUUGGUGCAGCAAUAUGUGGAAGCAAGGAACGGAGACCUUGUGGACAUCAGAUGGGUAAGUGACGAUCCGUGGAGGCUCGACUUCAAUGUGGAGCUGAGGGUCGCGCAGUACGACUCGGAUGGCGACCAGGAUCCUGACAUUUUCUUUGACAGACUUUUCGAGACCUAUCUCUCCUUCCACACGUCAUUGUAUCUCCAUGCUGUUGGUGAUGUUCAGGUGGUUGAGAAAAUCGGCUGGACUGAUUCAAGCUCCCUGGCAUCUACAGACAUCUGUGGGGAUGGCGACGUGAGGUCUUCGGACGAAGGCAUUACAAGCGGGACAGCUUUCGCCCCAUACAUCUAUGAUGAUUUUGCUUGGUACCCAGUUUGCAAGAAAGACAUCAACCACGAAACGGCGACCAGCUUCUGCAAGCAGUUGGGGUUUGAUGCAGGUGAGUCUGUGGCCUUGUCCGACCACCUCUUAACCCAUGCGAUGCAGGUUGGCAGCUGUCAUGUCGGUGAGUUGGCUCCAGCCUGUACGGCGGGUGGCAAUACAUUCCCGACUCUUCCAACAGAGGGGUGUGGCCCAGGUCAGAAUGGGAUACAGUUCCAAUGCACCACAUCUUCGAGCUGGUAUGUCACCCAGCAGUCGACGUGCAGGAAGCAACCGAUCCGAAUUCCACCAUCCACUUGCCAGAUGCAGACAGUAGAGUCAGGCGAUGUGAGCCUGCUUGAAUGCAUGCAUUCUGUGCGGGAGAGCAGCAACAUUUGCGGCGAAGUCUUCUCCUGGACCCAGGGCUCCGGCUGUAGUUGUGCCAGAAGAGGCUGUGACUCCGACUCCGCAGCCUCAACGAGCGGAUCCAGCUGGUAUCGGAUCUAUCCAGGCCAUUUCUUCAAGGACCAUGGGCCUGGCCUCUGCAAUCCUGGAGCAUUCUUCACAUCGGAAAGCUGGGCUCUGGCCGAUAGCUCGGAGGGCAACAGAGUUGCUCUUUCACAGGAGUUUAUGGCAUGGGUUGGUGAAGCAUGGGUUCGCUGCACCGAGAAGGAUGGCCUCACUCGCUUCGUCUCGGUGUGGGAGGAUGCAAAAUUUGCUUGCUACACAAAUCAUGGCGAGUGUUUCAACACUCCCAGUACGGCUGUUCGCAGCUUUUCAAGGCAAUGGCAGGUGGGAGAUUCCGUUUCCUCGGGCUCCUAUGGAUGUGGCACUGUUCAGCAACGAAGGAUGACCAUGGGAGAGGGCCUCGCUUUGCUCGUCAACUUUCCAAGCCAGAAUGACGUGGAGAUUAGUUGGGGUGCUGCGGAGCAUUGCACCACCACGACGACAACUACCCUGCCAUCCUGCAGCCAACUGCAAGAUAUUGCUUGCACCUACUCUUCUCCCAGGUGUGUCUGGGACGAUCAGAGAUCAUCAUGCCGGGAGCGACCUGACACCGCCAAGUACUUCCUGGUACCUAAAGGCACCGAAUGCCCAUAUUUCAGCCGGGUAAAGAGCAAAUGGGAAUGUGACAUCGCGCAGCAGGAGCUGCAGGCCACCUAUGACUACACUGCUGGACGCAGUAUUGUGGACGGUGGGUUUGCUGACUUGCCUGCGGCUUGCUCCGUGCAGUGGACAGGUGAUCGCACCGCCCACUGGAACGCGGCGUAUGACUACAAUGGCCCAGCACCGCCAGCUUGCACUGAGAAUUGGAGGUCUCGCCUCACCAGCGGUGAGUUUCGAGAGGUCUGCCGUGGAGCAAGUGUCGAGGAGUUCAAAUGCGCCAAUGAGCAGAACGGCCCUUUGGGGCUUUGCAGGUGUGACGGCGAUGCCUUCUACGGCAAGAGAUAUGCUUCAGGUCAGCCAGGAUCUGGCGCGGAAAGCACUUUCGCUCAGAUGACACAAAGCAGCUAUGCAGAAUCAGAUUUUGGAUCUGCUGGCAGCGGUCGUUGCAGCGGCUCCGCGUUUGGUCGAGACCCCAGCCCGGGCUUCUACAAGCACUGCUACUGCAGAGAAACCGGGUUUGGAUCACCUGAAUCGGCUACAGCACUGGUGAGGCUGGGGCGACGUGCUUACUCGCCGUAUGUUUGCGGGUUUGAGGGAGAAGAGUGUGGUUGUUUUGGCAGAGUCUGGUACGGCAAGAAGCAUAUACGAGGGCAGCCAGGAGACGGGCCUCUGACGACGCUGCGCCAGCUGAUGGAAAGCGAGCACAGGGUCCUGGACCCAAGUACGCCGACGGUUCAGGCUAUUACGUGUAGCCCCGCUGCUUUUGGCAAUCAAGAUCCCAAUCCCGGAUUCUACAAGCACUGCAUCUGUGAGCCAUAUGAUUCAAGCAUAAAUCCUUUGGCACAGUUUCGGUACCCAAGAGCUGAGAUCUUUGAUGCGCCUUCACCAGGCUUGUUCUACCGUUGCCCCUAUGAUGGUGAAAAGAUCUUGGAGGAUGGUUGGAGGGUCUUUGCGUACAAGGACUACAGUGGAGCGGAAUACAUUCGGGGAGAGAGAAUCUACGAUCAAUUCGUAGAUGUCGCAGCGGCGGACCAGUGGUGCGAUUGGAGCUUUAGGUGCUCAAAAAUAUCGGAGGCGUACGGCAACUGGAACAACAGGAUGCAGGAUUGGAGCCCGAUCACGGUUCUACCAAAUCGACCCAAUCUCGAUUAUCCUGGCACGUGCGUCACUCUUGGCGAAGGCAUCCACAACAUUCAGAAGGUAAGUCCAAAUGACGUGCACAUCCGGUACAUGAAGAUAUCGACCUGCAACACCUGUCUUCCUGCCAACUGGGACCCUUCUCGCCUUGGCAUCAAGCUUUGCUCUUCUCCGUCAAGUUGCGAGAGCUCCUGCUCUCGUGAGCCAGUUUUGUCCUCGGAUCGCAUGAUGAUCGCGACCUGCGAUCUGUCCGGCUUCCCCAUAUCUCAAAUCCAGUUCCAGGUCACGACUGCUCCUGUGACGAUUUGUGAACUGACGGUGCUGUGA